AUGGAAUCUUUUUGGCUUGAAUAUCUCCAACUUCUAGCUAGUUCCUUGACACCUCUUCCUUUUGCUCUCUACUCAGUAGGGACAAAAAUGAAUGCUAAAAAGCUAGGAAAACGAAGUUCAACGUCCUUUCCCAUUCUGAAAUCAAGAAAGAAACAUAACUUCACCUCUAUAAGGAAGUUUCCUGGAGUAAUUUUGUCUAGUAUGCAUUCAAGAACAAUUCCAAAACAGUUAUCCCAAAUGGAUGGUAAGGCUCAAAACCAACAACUGACUUCCAAGCACAAGAACCUGAGGCUGAACCGAUAUUUGCGUAAGAAAACAAACACCACUGUCACCUCAUUCCCUCAUAUGGACAAUUGCGGGAGGAAGAAUAUGGUGCAUGUGGCAAAGAUCUCUUCUCAGGACAAUAACCUCCCACUCAUCAACAGCAAGAGUGUGUUGAAGGUACUCUCAAUGUCACAGGAUAACCAAUGCUUUAGCCAGGUGCCAUCCUCUGAGCUCAAGACUUCACCCAGCCCAAGCAUCGAAAGUCAAAACUUCAGGUCAGAGGACAGCACAACACCACACAAGGUGCCUCUGACAGCAUCAGAAGCCCUAAAAUAUUUUAAGAACCAACUGUCUGUGUAUGAGCGAGAUGAAGUUCUGGGUUAUACAGAACUCUGGUUCCUAGGGCUUGAAGCCCAGAAGUUAGAUGUGCUUCCUGAAAAACACAGCAAGACAAGCUUUGAUGAUGAGCAUGGCUCCUAUAUAAAGGUCCUGCAUGAUCACAUUGCCUAUCGCUAUGAGGUCCUGGAGAUGAUUGGCAAAGGAUCUUUCGGACAGGUGGCCAAGUGUUUGGAUCACAAAAAGAAUGAGUUGGUGGCACUGAAAAUCAUCAGGAACAAGAAGAGAUUUCACCAUCAAGCUCUUGUGGAGCUGAAGAUCCUGGAAACCCUCCGGAGGAAGGAUAAAGAUAACACAUACAAUGUGGUACACAUGAAGGACUUCUUCUACUUCCGGAAUCACCUCUGUAUCACCUUUGAACUUUUGGGGAUCAAUUUAUAUGAAUUGAUGAAGAAUAAUAGCUUUCAGGGCUUCAGCCUAUCUGUGAUUCGACGCUUUACACUCUCGGUUCUGAAGUGUUUGCAAAUGCUGUAUGUAGAGAAAAUCAUUCACUGUGAUCUCAAACCAGAGAACAUUGUUCUAUACCAAAGGGGCCAUGUAUCAGUUAAAGUUAUUGACUUUGGCUCAAGCUGUUAUGAACAUCAAAGAGUGUACACUUACAUCCAGAGUCGUUUCUAUCGUUCCCCGGAGGUGAUUCUGGGCCAUCCCUAUGACACCGCCAUUGACAUGUGGAGCUUGGGCUGCAUUCUGGCAGAGUUGUACACUGGCUACCCACUUUUUGCUGGGGAGAAUGAAGUAGAACAGCUGGCCUGCAUUAUGGAGGUGCUGGGUCUACCACCACUCUACUUAAUUCAGACCGCCUCCAGGAGGCAGACAUUCUUUGAUUCCAAAGGUUUUCCUAAAAAUAUAACCAACAACAGGGGGAAAAAAAGAUAUCCAGACUCCAAGGAUCUCACCAUGGUGCUGAAAACCUACGAUACCAGCUUUCUGGAUUUUCUGAAAAAGUGCUUGAUAUGGGACCCUGCACUUCGAAUGACUCCUGACCAGGCUCUCAAGCAUGUCUGGAUUCAGGAGUCAAGGAAUAUUAAAGGACGAUCCAAAAGCCAGAACAUGAGGAAAGCCAGCCUCUGCUUUCUUGGAGAAAAGAAAGAGAAAACGCAGCAGCAAGCCCGCUUGGGAAAGACAGCUGAAAAGGCCUCUGGGUCAGACAUCACAGUUACGACCAAAGAUGGAGCCACUGAGAAUAAUCACCAUUCUGGUAACCAGCAGGUCUCCACCCAUCCUUUGGGUGAAGGCAAAAUGGAAGUCGCAGGGGUAACCAGUGUAUGGUUGCCACCUUUACCAGAAGCCACGGGAAAACCAGAGGCAAAUGAAGAAUCAAAGGCGUGUAUAGGCUCCGAGGGAGAACAUAACAAAGAGACAUCUCCCAAGAACCCUACAUCCUUCUUACCACCCAUUGUAUGA